AUGUCAUCGAACGGCACCGGUAACAGCAAGUGGCGGGAUUUCCGGCUCGCGUCUACCUUGUUGUCCUUGAUACCGGGCUCGCAGCCUAACACGCCACAGAAGCAAAACAACGACAACGGCGCUGCUAAUCACGACCACGAGAACGAGCAGCAGCACGAAACCAAACACCAAAACGAGCUUCGUGAAGAAUUAUUUCAGUCACCCAAGGUGGCUCACGAGGACAUGGAGGCCGAAAACCAGCUAAUUGAUGGUAUCGGGGGUCUGGAUAGCUACCCAGACGACGUCCAGGCCGGCUCAGAUGAUGGCAACCAGGAGCAAGACUUUGGCGUGCUCGAAAUGUUCGAUAGCAACGCGACACAAGCUCCUUACUCGUCGCAAAUCAACACCGCGUCUUCAAACGAAAAAGCACCUGAGGCAUUUAUGACAGAAGAGCCACCCUCCACCCAAUCACGAAAACACAAGCGUGAGAAGGAGCGCAAACGAAAAGAUACAAACGACAGUGCAUCUCCCCAAUUGACCGGAGAGGAUUCCUCACGCAAACAGAGAAAGUCCAAGAAAAAGUCAGCACAGCUGGUCGAGGUCCCUGACAGUCUUGCCAACGACAUUUCAUCAAACACAUAUCAAUCUCUGCCUGGUCAAAUUUCGGCUGUCGACCUCAACGAUGACGAUGCUGCUCCUGCUACGCAAACCAAACGCAAGCGCAAAACCCCCGACUCUACAGAUGGAAAACGGCGCAAGAAGCACAGAUCUCGCGAUGAUGGAGCUGCUGCUGAAUCUCAAGACAACGUGCCAGAAACACAAGAAGGUGCUCAGUCUGCAUCGGAGGAAGUGAAUACUCAUGACCCCGAAGCUGUGUCGUUCUUGCGUACCAGAAACGCGUCCCGUCCAGGUGCCAUCUACGACGAUGUUGCAGAGGAUACUCCAGGAUCGCCAAGUGCUGCACGCCUUGAGACGCGUGAUGCUCAAUCCAGAGAGGGGAGUGCCGCUUAUGAUGAGAUGGAGUUGGACGCUUCAGCUGCGCAUGAAAACCAAGACCAAGACACUGAACAACCCGAGUUCCUCCAUUACAACAGACAGCAAGAACCACAAGUGGAAGAUGUCGGGAUGGCGGCCAGACAAGCAUGGGAUGCCCAAGUUCGCAACGCGCAAAACAACGUCGACACUCAGGACUCAGCGGAGCAACACGAUGAGAUGGAGAUCCCUACAUCUGCGCAACGCCCACACGCAACUCAUGAUGUAUACGAUCUUCCUGGGAGCCCCAUUCCAACGCCGAACCCGCCCAGCACAAACACAAAGAAAUCGCGGUCGGCCAAGGCGAAGAAGGCCAAGCCAACCUUUUUCGAGAAAUCGCCAUCCCCUGAGCAGGACGAAUUCGCUCCGUUGCAAUCGCCCGCUACCACGAUGCCGGCUGCUCGAAAGCGUGCCAAGAAAGCAUCGGGUAGAAAGUCCGACACCAACCGUAAUCUCUUGUCCAAGUCACAGGAUGCGAACGAUGAGCAAAGCUCCCAGCGCCAAGGCCGAAUGGACGGCCAUACCAAGGGUCGGUUCAGCGAUGAGGAGCUUAGCCGUAUCGCACGAGCAGUCGAGACAUAUCGUUCCGCCAACAAUAUGGAACAGUAUAAACUGAACGAGAUGAUUCACACCCCCGGAGGCACAACCGCCAGUGAUGAACACGCGGAUCUUUGGGCACAGAUCUUCGAAACUUGUCCUGACCGUCACCGACAAAAGAUCAUCAACAUCACCCGAAAGAAAUUCCACAACUUUGUUGCUCGUGGUACCUGGACCACCGAGCAGGACAUGGAGCUUCGUGAUCUCAUGGAAGUGCAUGAUAAGAAGUGGUCUAAAAUUGCCGGUAUCAUCAACCGUCACCCUGAAGAUAUCCGAGAUCGCUGGCGCAACUACAUUGUCUGCGGAGAAAUGCAGCGAAAGGAUACAUGGGACGAACAGGAAGAACGCAAUCUGACCCAGCAUGUCAUGGAGUCGAUAGCCCAUAUCGACCCCAGUAAUGACAGGCCCUACAUGGACCUCAUCGACUGGCAGGAAAUCAGCAAGCGCAUGGGCAGAACUCGCAGUCGACUUCAGUGUAUUACGAAAUGGCGAGCCAUGAAUAUCAAGACUCAUGGCAAGGACAAGUUGGCGUCUAAUGCGCCCGACUCCUCUAUUUCUUUCCGCCUGGAAAAGGCUCGCCGUCAACUCGCCGCCAUGCCUGAGGAAGAACGUUACCGCCUGGUUAUGGCCAUUCAUAACACGUCGGCGUCAGCCGAAGUCAAGAUCCCCUGGCAGCGACUUGUCGACAAGAAAUUCCGUGCUAGCUGGCACCGACCUACCCAGUCACUCUUGUGGCACCGCUUGAAGCAAACAGUGCCUGGCGGGGAAGAGAUGGAACCAAGUGAAUGCGCAUCAUAUUUGAUUGGUGUGUACAGCCAAACAGGCGAGCUUCCGAACGUCGAAGACGCUCUCUACGAUGAUGCUGCGGAAACGAAAUUCAUGAGUACGAUCCCAAUGAACCACCUUACUCACGGCCAGAACAUGAGUGCCGUGCACGUCAACGACGGAGACGACGAUGAGCAACAGCCUAAUGAGUAUGGGAUUUCUGAUGAGAAUAUUCAACCCGACCUGCCCAUCGCUCCAAUGGACCAUCUCGAUCCUGCUCCUAUGGCAUCAAUGGACUUGGUCACGCCAGUUGCGGAUCUGGCACCUAUGGACCCCGCCGAAAUGGUUGACCCAGCACUCUCUGCGGAGCCUGUUGAAGCUGUUGAGGCGACGCCACUCGAAGAAAAGCAAGUGCACGUUGAAGAGGAAGAGGAAGAAGCACCCGUUGCCAAGCCAAUUGACACUCCCGAAUUCUUUGAGCCUGCACCUCCCAAGGCCACUCGGGUCGCUAAGAGAACAGGCAUGGGCAAGGCGAAGGCGCCCAAGACCCCUCGAAAGGCGUCAGCUAGGUCUACUCCAGCCAAGGCUACGUCAACCAGACGAAAUACAAGGCGUGCCGCAACUCUUUCUCGAGACCCCAUUGAGGAUGAUGGAGAAGCGCAGCUUUCCGCCCCUGGAGAUGACAACUCCGAGGUCGAUGAGGUAAAGGCUCGCAAGCGAAAGACACCUAGCAGAUUCAAGUCUACUACUGCCGCCGAUUUCUCUGUUGCAGAUGACUCAGACAGUGUUAUGGAUGAUAUGGAGGAUAUGCCUGCCCGUAUUGUUUGA